UAUAACUUGAAAUCUUUACGAAAAGGAAACAGAAACAUUGUGGAGAUAUUGCUCAAAUCCUAAUAUUUGAAACACUGAAGUCUUCACAAUUAAUCUGAUGAAUUCUAUGGUUGGAAUGCUAUAAAAAUGAAAUUAUUUGUAUAUGCAUAGAAGUAACACACUAAAGUAUUUAAUUAACAUUGGAAAGAUUUUAACUGGAAUCUAUGACUGAAAGAUGAGGCUUCAUAUGUAAAGAAAAUAAUGCAUGGAUGCAUGGGAGAAAAUCAUUAAUGGCCUUUUAUCUCCUUCCCCAAAUCAGAAAUCUCACCAUCCUCAAGAGGAACCUUUUGAACUGAAUAAUUUGACAGAAGAUUUCACUCACAGGUCUUUAUCGAUUCCUCAACAUUUGUUAAUUCACACCACAAAGAAACCCUAUGUCAGCAAGCAGUGUAGAAAAUCCCUCAGUGACCUGUCAUUCAUUAAUCAAGAUAAGCAAGUUCUUCAUAGACAUAAAUCAUAUGAAUGUCAUCUUUGUAGGAAAUCCUUUCAUAAUAGCUCUAACCUUAGACAACAUGAGAGAAUUCAUACUGGAGAGAAACCAUAUGAAUGCCAUGUAUGCAGAAAAGCCUUCAGUCAACGUUCUCACCUUAGACAACAUGAGAAAAUUCACACUGGUGAGAAACCAUAUGAAUGCAAUCUGUGUGGGAAAGCCUUCAGUCAAAAAGUUGUCCUUAGACAACAUGGGAGAAUGCACACAGGAGAGAAACCAUAUGAAUGCCACACAUGUGGGAAAGCCUUCCGUCAAUGUUCUCACCUUAGAAGGCAUGAGAGAAAUCAUACUGGAGAGAAACCAUAUGAAUGUCAACAAUGUAGAAAAUCUUUUAGUAGUGGCUCUGGCCUUAGACAACAUGAAAAAACUCACAGUGCAGAGAAGCCAUAUGAAUGCCAGGUAUGUGGGAAAGCCUUCAAUCAGUGUUCUCAUCUUAGACAACAUGAGAAAACUCACACUGGAGAGAAACCAUAUGAAUGCCAUGUAUGUGGGAAAGCCUUCAGUCAGCCUAUUGUCCUUAAACGGCAUGAAAGAGUUCACACUGGAGAGAAACCAUAUGAAUGUUACCUAUGUGGAAGAGCUUUCAUUCAAACUUCUAUUCUUAAGAGACAUGAGAGAAUCCACACUGGAGAAAAACCAUAUGAAUGUCAUCUAUGUGGGAAAGCUUUCAGUCAAACUUACCCCCUUAGAAAACAUGAGAGAACUCAUAUAGGAAAGUAGCCCUAAAAAUGUCAUCUAUGUGGCUGAGUUCAGUGUGGGCAACAUAAUGAGACUGGUAUCUAAAAUAAAAUCAUAAAAAUAAAUUAGCCAGGUGCAAUGGUGUGUACCGAUAGUCCCAGCUACUUCAGAGAUAGAGACACUGUUACUUGAGGCUAGGCUGGGAGAUAUAUGGCAAGAGCCCAUUUCAAAAAAAAGUCAUCUAAGUGGGAUGCCCUUCAGUCACCAUUCUUCCUUUAAAUAAUAUGAGGGAAUUCAACAAUGGAGAGAAAAUGAGAAAUGUCUUCAGAAAAUACUCUGACCUUAGAUGACACAGAAUUUGAAAUGUAACUGCCCUGGAAGAGAAAUCAGCCAUAGUUCAAGCACACUAGCAUACUAGAACCUUGAAGAAGCAUUGUCUUUAAUCAUUGUGGAAAAUCCUUCCAUCAUGCUACUCCUCAGUUGACAUAAAUACAUUCAUUUAUAUAUAUGAUAUCUGUAUUAGACAUUUAGUGGUUUGAUCACAAAAGGCAUGAGAGGGCAAACUAUAAAUGUCAUGAGACUAUAAAUAUAAUACAAGUUUUCAGGAACAAAUCAAAAUUUUAAACACACUAGAGAACUUGUACAGUGCAGAA